CUCUCAGUUUCCCCAGUGCCAUGCUGUCCAGAUCUUGUAACUAUGAGUCCAAAGAGCUCUUAGCUUAUAGAAACCAGCCCGGUAAAAUUAUUGUUAUAUAUGACGAUGACGAGAGGAUAGCUCCCCACGUUGCCACGGUGAUGGUAGAGAGGGGGUACGAAAAUCUCUUCAUGUUGUCUGGAGGUCUGAAGUUUGCGUAUGCUAACUUCCCCCGUGGUCUAAUCACAGGGACACCCCCGCCAGUGGUGCAGCCACAGAGGCCCAAACAGACAGAGAAGGCCUCACAGAGGUACUUCCAUCGUGCUGAUGUAGACAUGCUCAUGGAGUCUCUGGACAACGCACUCAUGGACAAGAGUACAGGAAGUCGUCUUACAAAAGCAAGUACAGCAUCUAGCAGGAUGGGCAGCGUGUCACAAAUGACAAACCGUUCUCUGAAAUCCAGCAUCGACACAGCUAGGCACAGUAAACCGUUUAAACCUUAGGCUAAAUUAGGGACAGCUGACAGGUAUAAAAUGACUGUACAAAAACUACAGCAAAAUGAACAGCACUAUUGCUCGUAGCCUGCGGCAGUAAUCAUAAUUAACUAACAUGGGAAGUUUUAAAACCCUGUAGAAACAGGUACAACAGCUGACACAUUUGGAAGUUGAAGACUGGGAAGUGGUCUGUGACCAUGACUUUGUAAAGAUUCAAACAUUUAGGGAAGAUGCCAUUGAACCUGUAGGCUAUGUGCAGUGGCAGAUUUGGGGGGUUGGGGGUGGAAUUCCCCAUUUGCCAAAUCAAAAAUGACAGAUUAAGCCUUCACCUUUACCCUCUACCUUUUGUCCAAAGUUUGGACUUGUUGCUCGGCACUGAAAAAAAUAACCAUUUGCAUGAUUGAAGAUUUGCCUUGCAGCAAGUGCAAUGGGUGCAAGCUGUGGAGGAAAGAAAAGUUUUUUUUUUUACAAUUUUGGGUCCGUCCCAGUGCUGUGUAGCUAUGUAUCUAAACUUCUUAACACAGGACCAUCGCUGUCAAGAUACAGUUCUAUCAGGAUUGGCUGUUACAGUAUUAGAUGUUACAAUGUAAACACUACAAACUGCCCGACUUAAGUUCAUUGUGGAGAUACAGCUACAGGACUUGAUUUUUUUUUCACAAGCUGCAUCAGUCUGUACAUUUUAUUUGACAAAUGUAGCAUGAAGUUACCUUAACAGAUUCAUACUUGUUAAGUUUUUUGUAAUGAUUGAAUGCCUUGAAGUACUCAAAACAUAUUGUUAAGUUGACCAGUAUCAUAAUUAUUUUCCUUUCUUCAUUGGAGAGAAAAAGCAUCCCUGCUCUCAUGUCAUUGUUGCUCACAAGGAAUAGUGUAUCAUGAUUUGAAUGUGUACAGUCAUAGUAGUACUUCUGCAUGGAAUGAUGCCCUACUGUUUGUAUUGUAUUGUACUGUAAUGUAUAGUGUACAGUAAUUUUGGAUAGUAUGCGAUACUCAUUAUCAUCAUGAAGAUUGCUCAUAUCUGUCAUUUCUAAGGAUUUGAUGUGUUUUUAAUACCUGUAUAUGAGAGGCUGCAGGUGGUUUAUUUGUAAAAACUACAUAUUUAUAUAGUGUGCCUGCUUAAAGAAAAUACCGUCCGCAUUACCUUUCGUACCUUAAAUCUUGCCCUCAAGUCGACCAAGGAGGAAGUGCCCUUAAUUUCCCAAGAAUUUGUUCAAUUUUUGUGCAUUCCAUUUAUAUCAGGUCCUUAAAAUAUCUUUAUAUUUUGACAGUUUUAUGAAAUAUCACUGUUUCAUGAUACAUGUAACUUUUACUAUGUGUGCGAGCAUUUCGAAUAAAGUAUUAUUUUGCA